UAAAAAAUUUAAAAUUUAAACAAGAGACAGGGGGCGGGGAAUCCUCAUCGACCACACCUUAGUGUCCUGAAACCACACAUCACCCACAAGUGUCAACCUAACAAACAAUACCUCAUUGAAUCCUUUAUCUGAGUAUGUAAAAUAUAUGAGAUUGUAUCAAUAACGAAAACUAAAUUAAAACUAAAAUAAAAAUCGAAUAAAAUUUAUUGAGAAAUAUUUUCAUCACUUCAAAACGAACAAAAAAUAAAGUUACUUUGUAGUAAUUUUAAAACCAAUUUAAAGUACUGAAAAUAACUAGACAAUGGACUAAUCUUUAAAAAAAAAAAAAACACGAUAAAAGGAAAAUGAAACUAACCGCAAUGGAGUAAACUUAAAUAUAAAUUAAAAUGCAAAAUAUAAUAAUAACCCUGCUGGUUUGAUUUUUGUUUACAGUGCAUGGUCAGUACGUGGCACUGACCAUGUACAAAAUUCAACAGAUAAUCAAUAUGAACUGUAAGGGAUAUGCAAAUAAUAACAAUAAUACAGUCUUGCAAUUCUAAAAGAAAUAAAUCAACACAAUUGUUUUUAUAAACAUGCUGUAAUACAUUUCACAUCAAUUAAAAAUCAUUAACUAAUUAAAUAUGAAUAUGAAAGAAGAAGUCUAAACAAAGUAAUAAAUAAAUACUACAUUUUAAUUAUGUAUGGGAAAACAGUCAUAAGUUUAUUAUGAACGUGAACAUUUAAUGCGCCAAUAGAACGCCGCGUUACUAACGGAGCUGAUUCUUAGUCCAAUCAUUGAGAAGCACACUUUGACGAGUCUUCACAUGAUCAACUUGCGUUCACCGCGCCUGUUUUGAAACAUCAUGUCGGCACUGGGAGUGGAAGUUAAUGUGGGGAAUGAUGACGGAGAAACAAAUACAGCUGUCAGAGUUCCCGAACGUGUGUUACGAAGGGAUCAAGCGAGGCUGGAGGAGGCAGAGCGCCGGAGAAACGUCAAGGAGAGCCAGACCGUGACGGAAGAAAAGAGCGAUUUCUUCACGUCCACCUUUAAUGCUGAGAAGACAGCAGUCGAGGAGAUGCUCUCCGCCUGUGACCAUAAUGACCGCGACAAAGCCGCAGAAACACUGGAAGAGGCCACUUUGAAAAUUCACCAGCUCCAGAAGUUCUUCAAUGACAGCAUGAUGUUUCUAACCCAGUAUGAAAUACGACAGGCGCAAGCAUCCCUGCAGAAGCUCCAGAGCUCGCUUGCUGAGAAAAGAGAUGAGCUGUUGCCUAAAAAGAAAUUCGCCUUUAGAUCCAGGAACACCGAAGCAAGUAAGCAGCCUGCACCGCUUCAACAAACAACAGAUAAGUCUGCGUCUGAUGUGGCUGGUACUGUGGUGGUGGUGGAUGCUGCUGUCUCUGUAAAUCAGUGUGGAUUCUCUCAUGCUGACAGUCAGGUCUUAAUCAAGCAAGCUGAGGAGAUCCAGCAGCGAGUUUCUCAUCUGACAAACUGUAAAGUCAGGCUCUAUGGCUGUCCGAGCACUGUGCACAUCAAGAACAUCCGCGGCUGCGAGAUCCUCUCCGGGCCAGUGUCCAGCUCUGUUUUCGUAGACCAGUGCACUGACAGCACUUUAGUAUUCCCUUGUCAGCAGCUGCGCACCCAUAACACCACUGCCACUCAGAUAUAUCUGCAUGUGACCAGCCGGGCAAUUAUAGAGGACUGUCAUGGGGUCCGGUUUGCCCCAUUUACAUGGACUUAUCCAGGGAUUCAUGAUCAUUACAAAGUGGCUGGACUCGAUCCAAACAGGAAUAAUUGGACAGAGGUGGACGACUUCAAUUGGCUUGCUGCUGGCACACCUUCACCCAACUGGACUGUCAUCCCUGAGACUGAGAGAAUAUGUAGUUGGGAUGUUGUGGAACAAGCAUCCUAACAAUAAUGAUCUGAUUGCAUUAUUGUGCGCUCAGUCAAUAUGAUGCUAAAAUUGAGAUCCCAUAAACAUAGAAUGUUCUAGAAUUCCAACUUGCAAAUCAAUUGAUUUGAUUAAUAAUAUAUAUGUUAAUAGAAGGCUGUGUAAGACAAUAAUAAAGUCUGAUUUGAUCACA